AUGAAUCAGCAACUAACUAUUUCCCUGGUGGUCACCGUUAUUGUAGGUCUAUUAGCACUUACCUCUGUAAAUGGAUUUCCCGAUGGAGCGCCGGUCGAUGUAUGUGUUAAAGAACGACCGAAUCAGCCCUAUCAUGGUCAGUUUCGUUCACAGCCCGCUAACACCAGCCCUUAUCAGAUUAUAGCCUCAUCAAAAGAUUACGCACCUGGAAAACAAAUUAGUGUCAGCUUAAAGGGAGAUACUUUCAAGGGUUUCUUCAUACAAGCCAGAGAUUCGCGCACUCAUGCAUGGAUAGGUAGCUUCGCAACAACACCCAACACCAAAGUUUUCGACGAGUGCAGUUCAGUAACUCACGCCGAUUCAAAAGAUAAACAAGAAGCUACAUUAAUUUGGAACUCUCCAACCAAGGGACAGGGUCAAGUCUACUUCACUGGUAGUAUCUUAAAGGAUUACUCGACUUUCUGGGCAGAGCUGAUUUCUCAAUAG